AGAUUCUGCGCAGACUGAAUCAUAAUUUAAUGGCUUACCCUUCAAAAGAAGUGGAUGAGCAAGAGGCCACACCUCUCAGCAAACCAGGCCACGCCCCUGAACCCUGCCAGCCAGUCACAGAGGAAAGACCACAAACCGGAGUGUCUCAGACAGCGUCUUUAGAAGCGUCUCCUGUCUCUGCUGACAGAAAGAAGUGGCAGCCCGGUGAUGUCCCGCUUACUGUGGCUCAACAGACUCUGGAGGACACCAGCAUCACUACAGCAGAAACCCUUAACCCAACACUGGGGCCUUCAGAUGAUCCUGAUGGAAAUACAUUGCGGCCUUGCCCUCAGCCAAGCCAAGCUGUCACUGACCAAGAAGACCAGGAAGAGCAAGUGUUAGUCAGUCAGGUUCAGGAUCAACCUGCUGUUUACCCGAGUCAGAAAGUUGUCAUUGAGCGGGUCCAAAGUGAGCAUGCUGACUUGGGCCCAGAUGAGGACCAACAAGCUACGACUGGCCAGAACCAACAUCAGCACACUUCCAGUGACCAGGACCAAGAUCAACACACUGCUGCCAUUUAUCAGGACCAUGAGAAAGUAUCAGUGUGUCCUAAAGCUCCAUCAGUGACCAGCAGUCAAGAGCUAAACCCGGAGUCCCCAGAGAGAGAGAAUCCUCCUGAUGAAAAGAGUGCUGAUGAAACAGAUGAUGUAGAGUGUUUGGUUCUGGAGGAGGACCAUCAUCAAACUUCUAAGAAUCCUGCAGAAGUGAUAAAUGCUUGGGGACAGAAGGCUCACCAACCUGGGCCAGAAGAGGGCAGUGCAACAACAGUGGAGAAGCAGAAUGACACUCAGACACUAGGUCCAGAGGAUGAACAGCAAGUUACAGUGCCCAGUGAUGCUGUGUUUGUGAAGUUGAGUGGCACUGUCUGCCAUGUCUGCCCAGGCCUCAGUGGACGAGGACAAUCCUGAGAACAGUCCAGCAGAACAGCGAGAGCAAGCUUAACAAGUUGUGGCAGUCUGAUGACCGUGAGGAGGGGGGGAGUGAUUUGGAGCAACAGGACAGCAUAUUCAGCCGUCUGGAAGAGCAGCGUCUUCAUUUGGAGCAGGCCAUCCAAGAUCUACAUACCUACAACAAGAUCAAGUUUCCAAAAGGAUGUGAGCAGCUCACCUUGGAGAUGCCGAUCUCCUUGAUGACAUACUGGUGACCAUCCUCUCUGGACCUCACCAGGAUGGCCUUCCCAAACGAGCCCUCCCCGAUCUUCUUCACCUUCUCAUAUUUAUCCAUGACUGGCUCGAUCUGUCAUGCUGUAAAAUAGACAGAGAAAAAAUAAUAAUAAACCAUACUAUUCAAACUAUGAUUCCUCGUUCGCACCAAGUUCCUGUUUUCCAUCAUGUUCAGGUCCUGACAGGAGCAACACUGUCUCUCUCGAGAUUAUAUACAGAUAUAUCAUACAUAACCUUUAGAUUUGUUAGUUAAUAGGUUGUUUUUACGUAGUUAUUUCUACCUAAAUAUAUAUUAGAACACACAAACAGGAGCUUCCAAUCAGCUAAAUUAGCAAACACUCAUGUAACUAGCUAGCCCGCGGUACUAUGGAAACAGUUUAGUGAAUUUAUUUACACACACUCAUUCGCUCUCUCUUCAGCCACUGUGAAAACGUGUGCACCUUUUGAACCACAUGCAGAUAAAUGGUAGUUAUUUGUGGAAGACCUUCAUAUCAGCAUGUUAACGUGUCCAUUUUUAACCUUCUGUUUAAAUUUUCAUGAACUGAAAUGAACUUGUAUUAAUAACAAAAAGCACUUAACCUGUCGUGCAGACAUUUACACACAUUAUGUUGUAUAAACAACUAAUCUUCAACAGACAAGUGUUUGUGUUCGAUUAACAAUUUUUUUUGUUCAGCUGAAUCAAACCCUGAUGUUUCAUUGGAUGAUAUCUGUAGUCCUGCUCUGUGAUUGGUUCAUCAGCAUGUCUGUUUAACUUAAACCACAACGAAACUUAAAUCGUUAACGAACUUAAACCGUUCGUGUUUGUUACAAACGUCUCCUAGCAACCGUCACUGGUUAAGGAUGCUGCAGGAGUAAAUCACAAAUACAUAAAUUAGUUUUAUACAAUUUUGCUCAGGGGCCCUGCAGUGGCAACUUGGUGGACCUGGGAUUCGAACCAAUGACCUUCAGAUCAGUAGUCGAACACCUUAACCAUUGAGCUAAAGAUAAUAAUAGUCGGUUUGUUGUUGUUACACUUUCUGCAAUUUGGAUACAUUUACUAAAUUUAUUUUGUACAAGAAUCUCCACACUCUUUAGUUCACUCACCUUGUUAACUGAAUUUAAUGAAACCCCUGAAAUCAUCACAGCAAGUUUUAUCCCAACAAACAGGAGCAUGGUGUGUUGUUGAUGAGGAAAACAAGACACAAGUCAGUCUGAAUAAAGGCUUAUGCUAAAUAUAAAUGUAAUGAAAACAAACAAACAAAAUGUGAACCACUUAAAAUAGAUGCCAUUAAGUAAAGAAUAGGAGGAUAAUUAAUAGAAAAAUAAUAAAUCAAAGACAAGAUUUAAGGUUAAAUCAAUAAAGUAAUCUUAAACAGAUCCUAAAGCUGAAUCUCUUUGGUUUUUAAUGCAACCACCACAUUAAUGUGUACUGAGAAAUGUCUUGUUUUUGGGAAAUAAAUAAAAUAACUGUUAUACUAUCAAACCUAUCUGCACCUUUCUUUUUGUGUUUUUUAACUGACCAACAAGAGUUUGGUUGGUUGAAGACUGAAUUGAUUUUGAAACGCAUGUCUGUAUUUCUGAUCACAAAUAUAACCGAUAAGAUCCUUCAAACACACAUUCAUUUAUACCUAAUGACCUUGGACUUCCUCUGAGCUCUGAGUCACUACUGGACAAAACACGAAACAUGUUACGCUCCUUAAUACUGCUGAUAAAGUAGACUUAAAAUGUUUACACACGUUCAAGGGCUAUUGUGUCAUAGUCCAAACAAAAUAAUUCAAGAGGAAAACAAAAUUUCUAUUUGGCCAGUUAUCCAUGAAUGAACCAAUCAUAUUCAGACUCGUGUUAAUUUGCCUCUCAUCCAUAAAGUGAUGCUGUUUAAACCGAAAUAAAAUAUCAACUCUUUCAGUUGGAUUUUCUUGGCAUCUGCUUCAUUCCAUGUGAACGCUGAAGCCAAAGCACUUACAAAGUAUAUACAGGAUUGCAGUGUUGAAAUGUAUCAGGAGUGGGGUACAAAAUAAUUUCCAAACCAUUAGAUGUACACUGGAACAAGGUGAAGACCAUCAGUAAACCAGAGGAGAAAAUGGGGCACCAGAGCCACAUUACCAGGAACAGAUCGUCCCUGCAAAACUGACAAAAGGACAAGAAGAAAUCUUAUCAAAAUGGCUGCUAAGAGACCUACAAGAUCAUUAAAGGAGCUGACAGUAAUAUCUGUCAAGGAAGCACCAUUCUAUGAGCCUGCUUCAUUUUAGAUAGAACUGAUGCUCUAGUCAAGAUCGAUUGACAUACUACAUCGAUUAUUAUACUACAGCCGUGCUUCUUUUUCUCUAGAACUGGGACUGUAGUCAAGAUAGAGGGAAUUGUGGAUUUUUAACACAAAUCCAUAAUAAGAUCCCGCUUAUAAAUCCUACUGAAAACCCCGUGGAAUGACUUAAAGAUUGCUGAAUUACAGGCAUGAGGUACAAAGUAGCAGUUAAGGGAUGUACACAGUCAGUUCCUAAACUGAAUGUACUUUGGUAAGAAUUAUUGAUUUAAAAAAAAAAGAAAAAAAUACCAACACAACUUUCAGUUCUACACCCAAGCUUUUGUACUUCACUUGUCAUUUCAGCUCUGUGAAGCUUUGACUUUCAUGCAGUUUUUAAGUCACUGAAUGCAAAUCAGCAGUGCUUUAACAGAUCCUUUCCUAGGAACUGCACAUGGGUUAAAUGCAGAGAACGAAUUCUGAGUAUGGGUCACCAUACUUAGCUGUAUGUCACGUCACUUAUGUCAUGUCACAUUGGAAAAUCGAUGCUGUAGAGCUGUAACUAAAGAACAUUUUUACUCAUAUUGCAUUGGAAUCCCUUGUCAAUGGUGGAUAGUGGCUUAUUAUCAAAAAACAUCCUGGCUAAGAGUUGCUAUUUUUCAGCAAAUGCCUAACUUACUUUUCUCAUCUUUGCAUUAAAAUGUCUUGUUAUUCUUCUGCUUUGCUGCAUUUACAUUUAUGGCAUUUAGCAGACACCCUUAUACAGAGUGACUUGCAACUGAGGGUUAAGGGCCUUGCUCAUGGGCCCAGCAGUGGCAGCUUGAUGGACCUGGGGUUCAAACCCAUGACCUUCCGAUCCGUAGCCCAACACCUUAACCACUGAGCUACCACAUCCUACACCAGUGUUGCACUGCCCUCCUCUGGCCUGUAUAGUGUAGUAAACAACAAGAAUAACAACAUUUUUUUAUUUGUAUAUAGAAAAUAUGACCACCUGAAUAUCACACCGAUAUGGCUUUCUUUCCCAAACUGUUACCACAUAGCUUAAAACAAACAACUGUUUAGAAUGACUUUGUACAUUGUAGGAUUACAUGUUCUCUUCACUGAAAAUAAGUGGCCUAACCCAUUUAGGAUGUCUUCCUGGAGCUCACAUGAAGUGUGUCAAGUUUGGACUAGAAGAAUUUGAGUGUCCUGCACAGAGACCUGACAUCAACCCUACUGAACACCUUUGGGAUGAACUGGAACACUGACUGAACCCCAGACCUCCUCACCUGAGCCCCACUAAUGCUCUUAUAGCAAAAUGAACACAAAUACCAACAGCUACUCAAGAAAAUCUAGUGGAAAGACUUCUCAGAAGUGUUGAGGAUAUUAUAAAUGCAAAGGGAGACUAAUAUGGAGUGGGACUGUUAAGCACAUAGGAACGUUAUGUCCGAGACAUUUUCCAUGUUGCACUCUCUGUGAUUCGUCUGACCAAUGGCUGUAUAUAUACAUGUGUGUGAGAGAGAUAGAUAGAUAGAUAGAUAGAGAAAGACCUACACACAAACAAGAGACAUAUGAAAGUCAAAACACAAAACAAAGCUUAA